AUGUCGAGCUCCAUGGAACCCCGACCGCUCACGUCGGCCUUUGAAAGCCCGACCUUUGAUGAGGAUAGCUCAUUUCAUGUGGAACAGCCGGUUGGAUCCAUGUCCAUAUCUCCAUGUGGGCGUGAUGUGGUCCUUGCAUCCAAGGAGGGCCUUCAUGUUAUCGAUCUGGACUCGCCUUACUCCCCACCGAGAUAUCUCCCUCACCAUACGCCAUGGGAGGUCGCCGAUGUGCAGUGGUCACCAUUCGCGUCGCGCGACUAUUGGGUCGUGAGUACUUCCAAUCAGAAAGCGCUGGUGUGGAAUCUGGCCAUGAAGACAUGGCAGAACCCCAUUGAGUAUGUGCUGCAUGCCCACUCAAGAGCAAUUACCGAUAUUAAUUGGUCGGCCUUUCAUCCGGACAUCCUGGCGACUUGUGCUGUUGAUAGUUUCGUGCAUUGCUGGGACCUGCGCACGCCUUCACGACCUGCAAUCUCGUUUUCGGAUUGGUUCACAGGCGCCACUCAAGUCAAAUGGAAUCGACAAGACCCUCAUGUUAUCGCAAGUUCUCACGAUCGGUAUCUCCGAAUCUGGGAUGAUCGUAUGGGUGCCUAUCCAAUCAAAUCCAUUGAAGCCCAUGAUACCAAGAUCUAUGGAGUGGAUUGGAACCGAGUCCGGCGAGGUGCUCUCGCAACAUGCUCGUUGGACAAAACCAUUAAGUUCUGGGACUAUACGACCGAUACAGAGGUGCCGGAGAAGUUGAUCCGCACACCGUUCCCUGUGUGGCGAGCUCGAAAUACGCCCUUUGGAUGGGGUGUGCUUGCCAUGCCACAGAGAGGCAACAGCGACCUUCACCUCUAUAGCCGGCGAGCUGGCGAGGGUAGCAACCCCGAGGACGAUUUGCCUCUGGUGCACAGUUUCCCGGGACACAAAGGCCAGGUAAAGGAGUUCCUGUGGAGGCCACGAGGAGGCGUGGUGGAUGGCAUCGACAAUCGAGAAUUCCAACUUGUCACUUGGGGAACUGAUCGUGAGCUGCGUCUUCAUCGGGUAGAUCCCGAGAUUUUGGGACGUGUCGGAUAUGAGAAAGGGAAGUCGUUUAUUUCAACCCGAAAUGUGACGCGCUUAGGCGCGGUCUACCGAAGUUUCAGGGAUGUCAACUCAGAUCUAGACGUGGAGGAGCUCGAUGCUGCUUCUUCCGUUGGCCCUCAUCAAGCGGUGACCACUCAGUACCCUGGGGGCCCUGGCAUGAACGCUAUUUCAGUACCCCAUGCCCGUGCGUGGAAGCGCAGUAGCCAUGUCGAUACCCGUAUGGGUAUGCAGCCGCGUUCAAAUCUCCGAACCGAAACCAACCCGAUUGCAUGGAUGCGGGGCGUAAAAAUAUCGGGCUGGGAUAUUGAGACCCUAGGAGAUGAGAUCAGUCAUGUGGGCGAAAAGUUCAGCAAGGUUGCAUUCGAAUCGGUUGAUGUGCGACAGAGGAAAAUCUCUAUUUCACUCAACGGUCCCUGGGGCGCGGAAGGUGCAUCUUUAUUUCUCAAGGUUGAUAUCAAGUUCCCCGUCAGCUACCCCAAGACAUCCAUCCCCACUUUCAAUUUUCAGAAGACCGCAGCCGUCACCGACGAGUUAUCUCAGAAACUUACCGCGGAACUGCGAACUAUCGCCGAAACCUACAUGUCGCGGAAACGUGGCUGUCUGGAAGGCGCAGUGCGCUAUCUCCUGGGAGAGAGCAGCCUCGAGGAAAGCAUCGCGUGGAUUUUGGGAGAGACUGGUGAUAACGUGAAAUCACCUAUCAAUGGUGAAUUGGAGGGCGAGUCCAGUGAUGAAGAUGAAGUUGGCAUGACGCAGAGCCAGGAACUAGGCAUGAGUUCAGAGCUGCUUCGACCGGUCAAUGCCAAUGUUAUGGUGCCCGUUGCUAAGGGCUGCGGUGCGUUGUGGGCAAACGACGGUCGUCUGAUAUGUUUCUUUCCGCCCAAAAAGGGUAGAUCCACAGAACUUUUUGAUAACAUCGGAUUUAAAGAGAUGAGUCGAUUGUCCCGGUCAGACAAGGUUUUUGAAGGCUUCGGCCGCCUGCAGACAAGCUCCCCGGGACCGCGCAUGACCGGCACAAUUACAAGCACCGAUGACGGCGCAUCUGAUUACUCGGACGAUUCAUACUCUGAAACUUCCAGCUCAUCCGGUUCAUCUGAUAUUCUCUCAGGCCUACCGGCCCGCUUCCAAGCACCUCAGACCUGGCGCAGUGCCGGUAGUAUCGGUAUUUACAGACCACGGUCGACGGAUAACUCUCAACGAUCUACGGCUGGAGCCACGACAGCAAAACUCCCCGAGGCGCCUCGCAACGUGGUCUCUAUUCAUGAUCUCAGCGAUAUGCUACCAGUUAAGCGCGAACUUGCCAGCCAGUAUCGCAUCUGCGGCAAAGGAACAGAUGUGUGUGCCCACAACGCGGCUGUCGCUCUAGACGCGGGCUGCUACGAACUGGCUCAGAUCUGGGGUCUCAUCAAAUUGAUACUUCAAGUUCGAGGGAAACCACUCUCUACUCUGGGAUCAAGGAUGGGGAUGAAACGAAUCGCACAUGGAAUCCACACUAAGACUCCUGGCCAAGCCUCUGACAAAGGUGGCCUCUACAAAGAUCUUGCGAGCAGUGUUGUUGGGUGGGGAGACCACCCUAUGGGAAGCCACUGGCUCGUGCCUGCUCUCUUUGACCACUUCGAGCGUAUUGGUGAUGUGCAGAUGGUAGCAAUGCUUUCCUGCGUGUUGCUAGAAGCAAACCACGAGGGCCGGCCAGGGAAACCCUCAGAACCUCGUGUCGAGGAACGGGCAUUCUCCCUCGAUUUCUCCUCGGUUGCGUCGACCGUGCAGAACAACAAAUCGCAGGCUGCGACUCCUGCUUCGUCUCUCCCGCGAGAGCCUCAACCAGUGCUUCCCCACACCUCGGCCCGCUCGUCGAGUGAGAUUUGGCGGUUUGAUUCUACUCCUCCUUACUCUACCGGCACUACACCCCCUCUGGGUUCUUCCCGCCCACGAGGUAUUGCUGCAGAUCGCAAGGCCCUCAGCCACAAUGUCUCAAUAGCAGCUUCGCCAGAUCAACAAUCUCAGCCUCGAAGUGGAUCUGGAUUUGGAUCCGUGCUUGCUUCAUCGUUGUCUCGUUCCUUCACCUUCGGGCCUUCAUCGGCAUCGCCGCCCGCAAGUCACCUGGGUAAGAAGAAGCCAAGCCCGGGCCAGAGUCCGGGCGUGGCAACUGUGCCAGUGGCUCCAUCUGAUACUGAAAGUGACCGCCCCUCCAAACCAACUAAGCCGGCAGCUCGAUUCAAAGUCACUCUGAAGAAUCAAAGUGCAUUUGAUGGAGACGAUGCUGCUCCUGACUCCUUGCUCGAUCGUGACAAGGAAUGGCUGUAUCGGUCCUAUCGUGCUGCUUAUGCCGAACUGCUAUCCAUAUGGGGACUCCCUGUCCAACAAAGCGAAGUCAUGAAGAUCGGGGCGGUGGUUGACAAUGCAGAGGAUGACAUGCAUACCAGCCAGUACUGGAGUAACCGCACUUCCAAGACGAUAUCGACCCUCCCUGAGGUGACACCAAAUGAGCCUCCGCCAGGCCAUGAAGGUCUUGAUUUCCAACGUCACUGCGUCGGCUGCGGUCAUGCUCAGCAUGUGUCCAUCUUCGCUCCGCUGCCAGCCCCUAGCACCCCGUCUAAACGCGCUCGUCGGGAACAAACCGCAUCACCUCGAUGCUCUAACUGCAAACCCCGUCAACCUCUCCCUACCCGACUUCCCUGCGUUAUUUGCGGCGAAGUUAAUGACGGAAUGCUGGUGCCGUGUCUCGGCUGUGGCCACGUGAGCUGCUUCUCCUGCCAUCAUCGCUGGUUCCUCCGAGCAAGCGAUUCUUUCGAUGCACCCGAAGACACCAAUGUCCUCCCAACAUGCCCUACGGGCUGUGGCUGCAACUGCUCCGACUACGUCACAGCCGACGUGCCGAUGCCAGCAUGGGACUCUCCCAUGUCACCUGGUACCAAGCCUGUAACCCCCGGCCUCCCCCACCGGAACGUGUCUCAUGAGAAACGGCAUCGCCGCCGUCAGUCUGAACCACCUUCCGGCCCUGACUCGAGCGGUCGCAACACUCCUACCUCGAAGACUGGCGUUGGCCAGCUUCAAGAUGAGCUAGACUUAUGGCAGACAUCUUCACCGUUUGCCUCUCUUGCGCGGGGUAUGGGCGGGGGACUAAGUCAGGGUCUACGGCCGAAGGAUGAUCGGAAGAAGAAUCGGACGGUCGCAAUCGCUGAGCCUCGUGGCAAGGGGAAGUGA